AUGCUUAUCAACUGUGGCCCCCUGGCUGAUUUUACUCAGACACGAUAUGUGAUCCACCUUUCCACAGGAAAGCGACUGGUCUUAUUCCGCUUACCGUCCAUCGACCCAUCUGGUUCAAAACCCAACGAGACACAAGGAUGGUCAUACUACGCCAUGGAGGCUGAAUGUCCUCAUGCCGGUGGACCCAUGGCCGACUCACAGGUAGACAUUGAAGAUUCAGCAUACAUCGUUUCAUGUCCCUGGCACGCGUACGAUUUCAACGUCGAGACGGGAGAGUCGAGUGUAGGCAUCAAAGCCUGCACGUUCCCUGUUGACGUGCGCGAUGAAAAUGUGACGAUAGACUUCCCCGUCGAGGAGGGUGUUUCUAUCGGCCUGGGUAGAGUCGAGCCGGUCAGUGAGAAAGUGAAGCUUAAGCAUGCGCGACCCUCCACCAAGCCAGCACCCAAACAAGAAGAUCCUGGCAUGGCACACUAUCUCGGUGACGACGCGACAUUAUGUGACUGGGCUGUUCAUAUUUUGGGCACUGCCAAUCCAGAGCACAAAAUUGAACUGACUACCCAUUUAUACAACAUUUUCACUUCAAGGGAAGGCACUUCCUCACCCAUGGACAUUGGAAGAGGCACUGUGACUGCCCCGGACCAACCCCCGCGUGAGAAUAUGGUCGAAGUGAAACCAGGCGCGAUGCCAAAGACCGGAAAGGGAGGGUCUUUGAAAAGCAGGAUCGCUAUGCUUCAUGCACUAGCCAACAUCGAGCUCUGGGCCAUCGAUCUCGCAAUCGAUAUUUGCGUCCGCUUUUCAACAUUCAAGACAGCCGAAGAUACGCCUCAAGAGCUACCUCGGGCAUAUUUCCACGACUGGCUGAAGGUUGCAGGUGACGAAGCCAAGCACUUUUCCCUCCUGCGCACCAGAAUCGAGGAAAUGGGCUCUCAUUUUGGCGCUCUGCCCGUACACCACGGUCUAUGGCAGUCUGCGACGGAAACAGCACACGAUCUCCGGUCUAGAAUUAGUAUUAUUGCGCUGGUUCAUGAAGCUCGCGGCCUUGAUGUCAAUCCCAUGACGAUUCAAAAGUUCCGCAACGCCCAAGAUAACGAGAGCGUCGAGGCGCUGGAGGUUAUUCACAACGAUGAAAUUACACACGUUACAACCGGUCAUCGGUGGUUGACUUGGAUUUGUGCCCAGGAAGGCACGGAUCCGGUACGAGUCUUCCGUGAUAACGUGUCAAAACACUUCCGAGGAAGUAUUCAGGGCCCGUUCAACGAUGAGGCUCGCUUGCAGGCAGGCAUGGAUCGUCGUUACUACGGAACUAGUCCGACUCCGAUUGCAGCUUCCUAA